UUGUAUAGUAAAUUCUUUAAAACUGUCCGUAUCUAUCGUUCUUCAGUCAUCGUUUCAUACAACAGAGUUCAAUUAUUACUUUAAAGUUUUCUUCCAUUUGAUCAUUUCUAAAAAUAAUUAAACUAGGAAUGGCUGACUUUUUCAAAAUCUCGGCCUUGCCCUUGUUGACGCCAUAUUUUAUGCACAUAGAAGAAGAAAAAAAUCAUGGAACUGUCUACGCCGGAAGAUGCUACCUCAUUAGUGUUUUCUAAAUCAGAUGUCCAAGCUGGCUCAGUUGAUUCACUGGACCAAGGUGUUACUGAUGAUGGUUCCGAGACAACUGAUUGUCAUUUGGAAAACCAGGUUUUCACUUUAGUCAGCAGCGGUGGUCACCAGUUUGUUGUUGUGUCUGCUGGCACGGAUGCCAUGAACAUAUCUGGCACAGAUGCCAUGAACAUAUCUGGCACAGAUCUGCAGCAAGGUGGACAGUCAAUAGCACUGAACAUUGACGAUGCUACCAGGUUCCUCAUUCAGAAUCAGAACAUGACCAAUGCACUCAUGCUACCAGAUGGAUCUUAUCAAAUUUUAGAUCAACCAAUGGUUCAGAUUGAACGAGAAGAUGGCACUCUGGAAUCCCAGACACUUCAUAUUGAAGUCCUGCGUGCUCUGCAAGAGAACCUUUCACAACAGCUACCCAGUAUACAGUCCUGCUACCAAAUUGAAGGUAUUGACAGCCUUGACGAAGCAUCUUCUUCAUCCAUAAUUAAAAUUGAGAAUGCAUCUGACGGUAAUGCAGAUGGGACUUUGAAUGACGAGUAUUUAGAUGAUGUGUCCUCGUCAUCGAUAAUGAAAGUGAUGGAUGAGGCCAAUUCGUCUUCAAUAAUAAAGGUAGAACUUCGCUCUGGUAACAAUGGUGAUGAGUCAGUGAACGAGGGGUACAUGGACCCAAGCGAGCUGACGGUGAAAGAAGAAACAGAUGUGCAAAACAGAAGAGAACCAUCUAAGGGAGAUAACCCAAGAAAGAAGAGGAGACUCCAAAACAAGGAGUUUAAAAAGCCGAUGUUGAAGAAAGAUCAGGAGGUAAAGCAACCAGACCUCAACAGCCCCAUCCCCCUGUCAGAUCAAACUAUCAUCAUGGUAAAGGGCAAGAAGUGUGUUCUAGCUUUCAACCAAGAGACACAACAAGUCUGUGCAUAUCCCUUGAAACCACCCCCUGGUGCUAAACGUAGGGGGCGCCCAAAGUUGUCUGAACAGGAAAAAUCUGUCAAGAAGACUGCUCCGGCUAGUGUUGAUCUCCCUGCGGAGAAUAUCUCAACUACAGAUAAGAGUACGGCAGCUGAGACUCUGCUUGAGUUAUCUAAUGUUGGCUCAGAUGGUGUAAGGAGAAGUGCCAGAAAAAGAAAAAAAGCCAGGCUUUUUGAUGAGUAUGAGGAGCUGGCUGAUUCAGAUGAAGAAGUAGAAACACCAUUUGUUGACAGCCAAGAGAAAGACCCUGACAUAAGCAUUGGUACUUUGGAAGAGAAAAAGAAGAAAGUGAUUGCAACAAAAAAAGAACCUAUCUCCCCCACAGUCUCAGUUCCCAGCACUUCACAGCCACCCGCCAAACGAGGCAGAGGACGUCCAAGAAGAUACCCACUCCCAGGCCAACAACAGACCCACACAUCCAUACCAGCAGUGAUGAUUCCUUCUGUCAAUGGUCAGACACUAGUUAUGGCACCAAUUCAGGGCAUUCCAAACCUCCAAAACCUGCAUCAUCAGCUCCCUUCACUGGUGCACAAGCCACAGACAGACACCUCCGCUGCUCCUGGCAUCUCUGCUGAAGGUGUUGAUACAACAGCUUUGUCACUCAAUCCAGACACACUUCCACUGGACACCUCGGCCGUGUUGGACAGCAACAGCAUUAUUCCGAAAGCCCUCCAAGGGGACACAAUCCCGCUGGUGGGAGACCAUGAUACAUCGGAUCAUGCUGACAGCAUGGACCAACCGACAUCCAGCAUGUUGACAUUCAUCACUCCAACAGACCCAGAGAAAACAAAAGAUGGUCAGUCUACUGGCAGCGUUCUGUCCACUAACCAGGCUACAGUGAUACAGAUUCCAAAUAAUUUAUUAGCUUCGUUAGGUUUCAAGAAAGAUCCUGUGAAGAUAGGCCUGAAAGCAACUGAGAGAGAGCUUGAAAAGCUGAAGUGUCCCAAAUGUGAUUUUCAAGGCUACUACAUGCAGCAAUACCGCAGUCACAUUGAAACACAUGGGGAUGAUAUACACAAGUGUAAAUGCUGCAGUUAUCUGUCCCUUGAAGCUGAUGAUCUGUUAGAACACUUCAAGGAAAAUCACCCUCGCUGUAUUUGUUUGGAAUGUGACUUCAUGGCUGAACAUGCUUACAUUAUCAAACGUCACAUGAUGCGACACGACGCCAAGAGUUGUACUUGCACCCAGUGUGGCAAAGUUUAUAAGGAUAUGUAUAUACUGAAAAUGCACAUCAAAAUGGUCCAUAUGCCUGCAGAGGUUUUAUUUGAAUGUAACGUUUGCUCAAAAAAGUUUACCCGCAAAGCCCAUCUGAAAAGACACUUGCGAAUACACGAACCAGAGAAGCCAUACAAGUGUACAUUGUGUGAUUACAGAGGGUGUGAAAGAUCUGACAUAUCCAAACACAUGCUUAUCCAUCAAGACCCAAAACAUGCUUGUGAGAGAUGCGGGAAAACUUUCAGGCAUAUUAAAAAUAAGGAGUUACACAUAAAAAGACAUUACGGGCAGAGGGAUUACAAGUGCGGAGUCUGUGAUUUCUUUGGUUACACAUUCACAGACAUACGGAAACACAUAGAACGUAAACAUCAAGAUAUCAAAACAUUGAUUUGUGAUAAAUGCAAUAAGCACUUGAAAAGUGAACAGGCACUCAAGGAGCACCAGCAGACCUGUAAUGUCAUGAUGAUAGAGCAGGUGCUGGCCAUCCCCACGUCUGCUGGCGGCACCAGCCAGGCCACCAUCCAGAUCCCUACCAACAUGGGUCACGGGGGUCAGAUCAUCCUUGACAGCCAGGCCAUCACCAUGGAUGGACAGACCAUCUCCAUGAAGAAGAAUGGAGGGGUCAUUAUGAUGUCUGGAGAACAACAAUUGGUGAUGACUGAAGGAACAGAAGAAGAAGAAGAGCUGGAAGAUGAAGAAGGUGGGAUAAACCAAGCCAUGCAAAUUAUAGGGGAAACUAUCAUGACAGACACAGGGGAGGAAAUGCACAUCAUAUCUGAAGAGGCACUGCGCGAUGCCAGACACAUGGCCUCUAAUGUCAACAUACACCACAGCUUACAACAGGCGCAUCUCAUAGAUCAAAAUGGCCAGAUACUCACUCCAUCUGGCAUCCAAAUAUUUUAUAAAACAGAACAAUCGGAUGACCAGGGUGGGGAUAUGCUGGAGGAGGGGAAGCAGCUGGUGGACGAGCACGGCAACAUCAUAAGCCAGGGAGAGGACGAGGAGGACAUGUCCCAUCAGUUCAUCAACAAACCCGACCAGCCCCACCCCGGGGAUGAGAUCCUCGAGGUAAACAUUGAGGACUUCCAGGAGGUUAUAAAGGAUAAAUCAUUACACAGCAUAGAUCCCAACUCCGUCACGGAUCCCUAGUCUUCUUAAAGGAUGCUUAUACAUCAACCCUAAUCCAUGGAUCAGAACCUUUAUUUAUUGUUUUUUUUUUUAUUUGGGUGUAAAAGAAAAUUGCAAUUGUUAAAAAAUUCUGCAAUUGUACAUAGAACAUAUUUUAAUGUCAUUCUUAAAAGAUAAAUACUAAAAUUUAAAGUGUGUGUGUGGUCCUGAUUGCAUGGUAGUGCACAUUGCUGUUAAUCUGAAAGCCUUGAGUCCAGAGGGAAAAUCAUGAUUUCACAACGCUCAAAGGGUUAUCACACAGCUAAAUGGUUACCACACAGCUAAAUGGUUACCUCAGAUGGUUACCACACGUCUCAGAUGGUUACCACACAGCUAAGAUGGUUACCACACAGCUAAAUGGUUACCACACAGCUAAAUGGUUACCACACAGCUCAAAUGGUUACCACACAGCUAAAUGGUUACCUAAAAUGGUUACCACAAAGCUAAACUUUACCACAAGUGUGAAAGCAUCAUAAUUAUAUUAUCAUACCAUCUAAUCUAAUGGUGCUUCCUGCAUAUUUUUAGCAGAAAUAAUUUUAAAACAGAACUUAAUUCAAAGUAGGUAGCCAAACCAACAGCUUAAUUUAAAGUAGGUAUCCUAGCCCUAUCCCAUGUUUUGUGAGUCAUCCUCUCCUGUGUACCAAUGAUGUGUGCUAUAUAUUUAUUACUCAACUUUGCCCCACCUUGUCUUUCUCUACUCAUCAUUUUUUGCGUUUGGGAACCCAUCUAGUCCAAAGAAAAUAAUGCAAAAAUUGUAAAAACCUCAUUACUAAAUCUAGUAAUUGCAAAUGUAAAUAAUGUUAAUGCUUAAUUACUAUCCAAGUUGAAAUGGGGUGUUUAAAAUGUACAGUUGAAGAGAUGUAAUGUGUUUCGGUUCAUGUUAUAUUUGUACUUUAAGUGAUAUUAUGGCAUCAAUAUGUUCCAUACUGGAUCCUUGUCUACAUAACAAAUGUACAUACUAAUUUAUUCUUCUCUGUUCAUGUAUGCUUACAUUUGCUGAUAUGAGAGUAAAAGAAGCUGACUGAGCUCUUGAAUCCAAUGCAUGCAUUUGUUUUUAUUUUUAAAUUGGAAUCAAUCUUUGAACAAGAUUUUUAGUAGCACAAUAUU